GCAUGCCAGGCCUUGAGUGGCGCUCAGGCUGGCUCGCGCGUGGGCGCGAAGGCUGGGCUGUGGUCGCCCCUUUGUGCUGCUGCUGACGGUGCCCGCCGCCCUCCCGAGCGAGCCAAGCUGAGGGAAGCAGCGCAGUGGAGGCGGGUCGAGAGCGCGGGGCCUGGUGGUGGCAGCCGUGGAACCGAGCACGACGGCCUGCGAGAAGCUGCGGGGAAGAGGGACACUCAUUCCUUGCCAGCCGCGCAGAGCCCUCGUUUGCGCAGCUCCGUACCGGACACCGGGCCUGCUCUCUGCACGGAGAUCCGUGCAAGCCAACCCAUUCCCAGGCCAGAGCCACCUGCCCCACUUCUGCGCGCAGGCCACCAGCAGCUGCGGUCCAGUGUAGAGAAACUCUGGGCACGCGACUGCCGGUCCAGUCCUGUUUUGUUUUUUCUUGAGAGGAGCAGCCUGUUGCCCACCGCACCACCGAGCUCCAGGCUCUGCUUUCUGGGCCCCGGGCGCCACCGGCACUGCUACCCGAGAUGUGAACAGAGGCCUGAGUCAAGAACAAAGAAGGAGGGUGAAGCCAACUCUGCAAGUCUCCUUGGGGACACACUUCUUUCUGGACCAGUUGGCUGCAAGUCCCCGUGCCAGGCCAUGCUGACCUCACUGGACAGCCAUGUCUGCCACUCACAGCUGUCCUGUGAGACUUACCAAGCUUUACCAUUCUUACAGCAACUCGGAGUGGCUUCUGGGAACAUCAGGGAUUCUCCCUAAGGAACAGUCCUGUUUUACUUUCCUUUAUUAAAAAAUGAAAAAGAAUUAGGACAGAACAGCCCCAACUCACGCAGUAUGUAUACUGUAACCUGUGAUUUGCUUUGCAGGCUAUCCCAUAGGCCUGUAAUUGCCAAGAAUGUGGCUGAAUUAUAGAGCAGAUGUCAAGCCUAAAGCAGGGACCAUCAGAACAAAAAAUAGUACAUGAGGGAGUGAAGCAAGCCAGGAGUUGCUCUUGUCGUGUGUUUUGUGUUUUUCUUCCCACAGACCCAAAGCUGCUAGGAAGGUAGUUUUGAAUGGAUACAUUUGACCUCUGAUUGCUGCUCCCACCCCUCAUGGCCUCACUCUGUAGUACCCUUGUGUGUCCAAACAGUGGAUGGACCCAGGGGCCUUGGAGAGAAGAGGGUUUUGAUGACCAGCUCUCCUAGCUCAUAGUUUCUUGAUCUUGAGCAAACCACAUUACGUCUCUGAGCCCUGGUGUCCUUAUCUAACAAUGUCAAGGUCAGAGGAAUGCCCUCCUUCUGAGUUCACAGUGCAAUUCAGGAACUGCGGAUGUAGCUUGGUGAUAGUGUGUCUGCCUACCAUGUACAGGCCCUAGGUUCUUUCCAAGCAUUGCAAACAAAUCAUAUCAAAUGACAUGAAGUUUGUAAAAAUUU